UUACAGAGGUUGGUGCACAUCUCCGUCAAAAAAACAUGGCCGCCCGCGGUUGCCGUUCAGUCUGCCACCGCUGACAUUCGUAAAUAAAAGCCCCUAAAGUCGGAAAUAUUGACUUGUAACGCCAAGAAUCUCCAUUAUGUCGUCUUUAGGUGUGAUCGAGGCAAAGUUUCAUUCAUACGAAUAUCCAAAAUUUCCCGAAAAUGUCUGUUUUUUCACUACGUGAACGUCGACAUAACCAAGAUGUUUCGCCUCAGGCCGUCUGGCAAGAAACUUCUCCUUGUCAGUUGUGUCUUCCUCCUAGCUCAAGCUUUUGUUUACAUGGGCCUUGCCUUUAUUGGAGGAAAUCAUCGAGUUCCCUCGCUCUUACAUGAGAGGCUAGUCUCUGUGACGGGUCAAGUACCUCGGCUCAACAUUUCCAUUAGUGAAAAGUUUUUACAAGAAGGACAAACUUUAGAUUUUGUUAUAAGAGCGGAAGGCUGCACUCCUUUCAUCAUCAGUCCCAAAAUAUUAGCUCAUGUAUGGAAUGUGAAGCAGAACAUUCUUGAUUGUGUGGGAGGUGGUGCAGACUGUCGUCUUGAUGGUGACGAUGUUUUCCUUGCUGUCGACUCCUCGUGCAUCCCAAAGAAGAAGGUUUUAUUUGAUGAGUUUGUAAAAAAACUAGAGGUCAAAGGAUUCUCAGUUUAUGCAACACAAAGCAAGAAGAUAUUUGGUUUACCCCCAAAGGCAUCUAUACUUACAACAGCUCUUGUUUUAAGGAAGAAUUACUCAUUUCUAGUAGUCAUACUUCAUGGUAGAGAGGAUAACUUUUGGUGGCAUGGAUCUGUACAUGAUGAUCUCAAAGGAAAUAAUUAUUUGAAGAAAGUUGGUAUUUUGCUAAGCAGGCAGCAUUUUAUGGCAACUGAAGGGGCUAUUCCCAAGUUUGAUCUAGUCGAUGCACAACUACUAGAGUACCACUUUCUGGUACCUAAGGAUAUCCCAGCCUUUCUAAGGGCAAUAUCAGAUACCUCAUCGAAUUUCAUUGAGUGUGAUUACAAACGAGCUGAUACAUUUUUCAGAACUCAUGGAAGAGAUCAGUCAAUAACUGCAAUACGGUUCAAGCAUCAAGCCUGGAAAAUGCUCUCAAGAGCUAAAAGAAUUCUUGAUGAUCUAGAGGUUCCCUUCUGGCUGAGUAGUGGCACCUGUUUAGGGUUUUUGCGACAAUGUGAUUUCAUUCCUUACAGCCAAGAUGUUGACUUAGGCGUUUUUGCUUCUGAUUAUAAGGAAGAAAUCAUUCCUGCAUUCUUAUCACAUGGUUUCAAACUGCAUCACACGUUUGGAAAAGCAAAUGACAGCUAUCAAAUUGCUUUUGAGUACAAGAAACUAAAGUUGGAUAUAUUUUUCUUUUAUGUUGAUGAAGAAAAAGGCACUAUGUGGAAUGGUGGGACAGAAGCUAGGUCAGGCCAAAAGUAUAGGUAUACAUUUACAGCAUUCUCCCUCUGUUGGACCGAAUUCCUUGAGCUGCUGGUAAGGGUUCCAUGCAACACUAGGCGAUAUAUUGAAGCCAAUUAUGGUUUAGAUUGGUUUACUCCUGUUACUAAAUGGAGUUGGAAAUCCAGCCCUCCAAAUGUGGAAAAAAAUGGUGUGUGGCCUAAAGAAGAAUGGGCCAAAGUAAUAAACAUACCAGGUUAGUUAGCUUUGUGAACAUCAUAACUUUGAAGAAAUAGUCAGCCCGCUGACAAUGUACUCAACUCCUUAAAGACUGCUAU